GUCUAUGGCUGUAUAUGUUAACAGUAAAUAGGCUAUCAUUAUAUUGGUAUAACACUUGUGGUACUCAUCAUAAUAACUGAUUCCAUGGCACAGACAGAAGACAUAGACAUGAAUAUGGAGACGACAGACGGACCGCCAAUUGAGGGCAUAGAGGAACACCUCGUGCACGACAUGACUCAUCUGUCGCUGGGAAGCGGAGGUUCUUCGGACACAUCUCGUGCGGACGCGCGGCGCCUAUCGAUCCAGCGAUGUAUUGGGAAUCUGAUCCACUCGUGUCAGUGCCGGGACGCCGACUGUCGACUCCCAUUGUGUCAUAAGAUGAAGCGAGUCGUACGACACGCCAAGUCCUGCAAACGGAGGUCCAACCAAUCCAACCAACCCAACCAAACGGCUGCCCCCGGCUGUCCCAUCUGUAAACAGCUGAUCGCCCUGUGCUGCUAUCACGCCAAACACUACAACGGCAACUCCAGCAGCGCCUACCAACACGCCAGAGACGUAUACCUCCUUAAGAGACGUAUUGCCUCCAUGGCCAGUAUGUCUCAACACAUGCCAUGUCAACAGUCAUCACAUACACCAUCAGUUUCGAAAUGA